AUGAUGUUGAUCAUCUUUAUUUUGUUCACUGUGAUGCAUGUUUCAGACACGUUGUAUGGACCAAGGCUACUGAUAAGUCAUGUUGGUGGAUCAGUGACAAUCAAAUGCUAUUAUGUAACCACAUCAGUGAACAGGCAUGACAGAAAAUUUUUCUGCAAGGAAUUGCCACAUAAAAGGUGUCAAACUGUCAUUUCUAGUAAUGCUUUCAUUCAUCAAGAUUACAAAGAAAGAGUGUCAAUGUACAACAAUCCUCAAAAAGGGAUUUUGCAAGUGACAAUGAGACAGCUGACAAGUAGAGAUUCCAGUAAUUACAGAUGUGGCAUUGGCAAGAUAAGUGAUGGUUUAUAUGCUAGAAUGAAUUUAACCAUUUUGGAAGGCUUGGAUUUGCCCAAAUCCCCUCAAAUUGUUUGGGGUAAGCUGACUGGGUCGGUGGAGCUCCAAUGUCCAUCUGAAACUCCCAGGCCAGAAAUGAGGAACAUAUUGUGCAAGUUGAUCCAUACUGAUUGUUUUCCCAUACUAGACAAAAGCAAAAGCAGGACUAGACAGCACAGUCACCGAAUUAUUAUGACCAAUGGGAAUAGCUCAGGAACUUUCAAUGUUAUUAUAAAUAAGCUGGAAAGAAAAGACUCUGGAAUCUAUAUAUGCAGGACAAGGAAACUGGACAAGAAUGCAAGUGCAAGAACCAUACAACUGCAGGUGGUAGAGGAAUCUGUUUUCUCUAAUAUCCUAAGUGAUGCCCAAACUACAAGUGAAUCGCUGACUGUUAAUGCAUCUUCCUACUGGCUUAUGACAUCUAAAGAUGAAGUCUACAAAGAAAGCUCUUCUUACAGUGAGCAAAAUCUAUUGUCAAUUGUGAUACCAGUUCCUGUUCUACUUCUACUUCUUGCUGUCCCAGUUAUUUUGAUUCUUGUUAAAAUAAGACGAAGGAAGACUGCAUCACAUAACAUUAUUUCAAAAAGUCCUGAAGGAGAAUUGCCAUUGCCUACUCAAAAGUGUUUGGAGGAACAUCCCCAAAAUGAUAAUAGAAAUUCAGCAGAUGAAAAUGAGUCUCCUCUAAAUUCUGAUGAAGCAGAAGCCUCAAUUACUGUCUAUUGUUUGGUCAGCCAUGGGCCAGAUCCUGAAGACUCAAGUAAAAAUGACUAACUGCCUUCAAAAUAAAUUUGCUCAUAUUAUACAGAGAACCUAUGGAGAUACCCAUUAGAUUAUGCAGAUACGAUUAGCACUUUGUAUUAGCUUCUCUCCCUACCCAAUUUUGUAAUGUAAUCUCUUCCCAUGUCCAUCCUACUGGAAUGAAAUUUGCUAAGUUUUAGCAGUAUACAUAGGAAUCUGGAAGUAAUGGCAAAAUGAUUACCCAUGUGCCACAAUGUCAUUGUGGAAAUGAUGUGAUUUUCUUACUUGUAUCAGUCUUCAAAAUGUGACUGAUCCAGAUUACAUAAUCUUAUUAUUUGUGUGAUGAUUGAGGCUUGAAGAGAUGCCAUACACUGUAUGCACUCUAUCUAUCUAUCUAUCUAUCUAUCUAUCUAUCUAUCUAUCUAUCUAUCUAUCUAUCUAUCUCAUAGAAUUAAACACACCAGUGGUCUAAAUUUACUCACACUGUGUUAAACUAAACCAAACAUUUUUCCAAUGAAAGAUAGGCAGUUCUUGAUUGUAAUUUUGUAACAGUCUCUUGAUUUCUCAAGUUGCUGGCAUGUUAAUACUUCAUUUCCUGGCAACUCAGUUCCAAGGCAUAAUGCUGAAGUUAUUGAAAUUUGAAUCCUAGCCCUCAUUUAGGUUGAUAAGAACUCAUAAUUAUUAUGCAACUCACCAUCAAUCAGCUUCCAAGCAGUAAGUCAACAUUUUUUCUCUUCAAGUUGCCGCAUAAAUGAUAAGUCCAUCAUUACAGAGCUAAAUUAAAUACUGUACAUCAUGAAGAUUACAGUAGCACUUUAGUCAAUUGCAGCCUUAGGCAGAAUUGUUCUGAUAAUCUCUAAAGUUAUGGCAAAGAGACAAAUAAUUCUUCAACUGCAAUUAUGCACUCCAGAGGACUUUGGUCUUUUGUGUGUAGUAAAUAGCAGAUUUUUUCGCCAUAUGCCACAACCCUAAAAACUGGAAGGAGUUUCAUAAGCAAUUCAUUAUAUGGCAUAAACAUGAGAAAAAUCAGAAAGGUAACCAGGUAUUUCCACCCUCUUGGACUACAACUGUUUUUUGUCUCCUGGCAUUUUUGAUCCAAAUUAGUACUAAUCAUUAUUACUGUUGGUCACACAGUCAGCCAGAUGUUUAGAUGGGAUUUGGCAUU